ACAGAAACAUUUCCUACCUAUCACAACCUAUCAUACCCACAAUGCCGGGAACACCCAAGAAACGAGGGCGGCCUCGAAAAUACGACACGCCGAAGGACAAGGCUAGGCACGAUGUCGUCGCCAAGCGCGCUCGAAGACGGCUUCAGAAACAACCAACGCACGACAACAUUAGAUUUCAAAUCUACGUUUCUCCACAGAUAGGAGCAUCGCCGCUUGAACCCUCACAGGAGGACAACGAGUCAAAUGAAACGAACCUUUUGGGUGAUCCUCCAGAGGCGGAUAGCUCGUGGAACCGCACCGAGUCACCCACCUCGUCAAUUGACGCAGUCGUAGCCGGAGGGGAACAAUCUCCGCAAUCGUCGAGUGGGAACGACCUGGUGUCACCGUGCUCACAGCGUCUUUGUAACCUAACGGGGCCGCGUAUAGUAAUGGGAUCGUUCUCAACUUCGCAAGGCGGCCCAGCUGAGAUUCUCUUGCCCUUGAGUUCUGACGGGGUUCCGAGUGAUCGUACGAGUCACGCUGCUGGGGAUGAUGACAAGUCUGUAGAGUCAGACCGCGAGCUGUGCCAUAUCAGCAGUGUAUCAAGUCCUCGCCAGGCAGCAGAUCCACCAUACCGGUAAUGAUUUGACGUACACUUGCAAUCGAAGCUGAAGAAUAGCCUAAACAACUGAUCGUAUACAGCAAUUGCCCCAUCGAUGGCUCGGUCUCUUGUUUCACUUCCUUGAUCUCUCGACGCUUGGUAAAAACGAUCGAGGCCGGCACAAAUCUUGAUGUGGCUAUGUUCAGUCGGGGGUGAUCCAACCCUCGAUGAUAGUGGACUAGCUCGAUCUGCAUCCAAACUGUAGCUCCACGAAGGGUCGCCUUCAGUCGGGUCGCCUUCGGUCGGGUCGCCUUCGGUCGGGUCGCCUUCG